GUCUUGAAAUCCAGUUUGGGGCAGAUGAUGACUAUAGUAAAAGUCAGCUCAGACAUUAAACUCAAACGGCGUUGCCUUGACUACGGGGAGUGCCGGGGGCUUUCUCGGUCAUUACGUCACCACGGCACAUGCGCACUGGUGGGCAGCAGUGGGAUCCUCCUAAACAGUAGCUGCGGUGACGACAUAGAUGCGAGUGACUUUGUCAUCAGAUUUAACCUAAGCCCACAAGAAGGCUACACCACAGACGUGGGAAAGAAGUCUUCAAUGAUGGUUCUCAAUACUAUCAUGUCUCUAAGGAUCUACGAAUUCCUCCAAGGAGCAGGGGAAGGAAAACUUAAGGAAAAGGAUAUUCAGAAAGCCAACAAUACGAUAUUGUUCUUUCCAAAGUCGACCACACAUCAUUUACAACGCGGCAAAAGCUUUGAACAGAUGCUGCGCAGACAGGGACUGAAUGUUGUUGUCGUCAUGGGGGUAACCGCCUUUCACAAUGACGAGAUGCGUCGUCAGGCCUGGGAUGUUCUGGACAAGCAUCACAACAGUGACGACAGACCGUCGACAGGUCUACUGCUAGUGGAAGUCGCCAUCACCUUCUGUGACCGCAUCCAAGUGUACGGCUUCUACCCGUUUGCGCGCGAUCAGCAAAACCGCACCGUCCCCUACCACUACUGGGAUGACGUCACGUCCGUCAACAGUGUUCUAAAGCGGAAGCACACGCACAACUUUGCCGCUGAGUUUGAAAUUCUCCGAACCCUCCACAAUAAUGGAGUCAUUGAGCACAGAAUAGGUCAUUGUUAGUUAAGUUUACAGAAGGAAAGCAUUGUUUUUUCUCUGUUUACCGAAGGAAAACAUUGUUUUUUCUCUGUUUUUACUCUGUUUCUUCUUCUUCCGUUUCAAACAAUGACCUGGGCAAUGACGUCCUGAACCAGACCGUC